UUUGCCUGCUGGAAUUUUUAUGAAGUAACUUCCCUUGCUAUUGAGCAUCAGCAUCAAAGAGACAUCAUGUGUUGCAGUGACAUAGUCAUCAUUGUCCUCGCAAUGGGUUUUAUAAUAUCUUGGUAUAAACUGCCUGGUAUUGCAGCAAAAACAGAAACUCUGCCUAGAAAAUGUCAACGUCCUCCAAGAUACGGAUCGUGCAAAGAAUUGUUUCAAAACUUUUACUAUGAUCCCAAGGGCAGUAUGUGCCGUACGUUCCUUUACAGCGGCUGCGGAGGCAACAGAAAUAACUUUCCAACUCUUGUGGAAUGCAUUUAUGAAUGUGAAAAGUUUGACCUCCGCACAUCCUGGUUGAACCUGGCAGGUGAUGCUCAGUGGAAGCGAGAUACAGCUCCAAAAUGCAGACUCAGACGAAGAAUAGGAUGGUGCAGAUCUAAGUUGCCUCGCUAUUAUUAUGAUUACAAGAACCAGAGAUGUAGGCCCUUCAUAUAUAGUGGUUGCAGAGGCAAUGAAAACAAUUUUGCAUCUUACAGAGAGUGUGCUGUGGCUUGUGAACCAUUUGGAAAUAUUGACUAUUCAAAAUUGCCUCAGUGGAAUCCAGAAACUAUGCGUGACACAUGUGAGCUGCCAAUAGAUGUAGGACCUUGCAGUGCAAACUUUCUUCGUUUUUAUUACGAUGCCAAAACAAAGACCUGCAAGCCAUUCAGUUUUGGAGGCUGUAAUGGCAAUAACAAUAACUUUGUGACUCUACAGGAUUGCAUUCGGGAAUGUAGACGGCCAGGAGCGGAGGAAGAAGAAAUCAAAAAUGUCUGUGAUGAAGUCCAAGAAGAAAUGGACCACACACCAAAAUGGGACUGCUUGGUAAUCCUAGGGGACUUGAUGGCCAGUGGAACCAGAGCAGAAUCAGACAGCGGAGAGAGAUAGGCCCUUUUCACACUGGGAUUUUUUGAGCGCAGAAGUAGGGUCAGUUCGCAUUGGCCGAUGCGUAUUCACAUUCUAUCACAUUGUUGUUUCACACUUGUGAGCUCAGAAUACGCAUUGGCCGAUGCGUAUUCACGUUAUAUCGCACUGUAUUUUCACACCUGGGCGGCCUUCCAAAUUGAGGG